UGUGCAUCUGAGGUUGCCAUAGCUACGGUGUACCCAGCUACCAAGCCUCCCAUAGCUGGUGUUUUGCUGGUCGGACGAAAGAGGCAGUACCAUGAGCCAUACAGUGACCAUCCAGGAGCCCAGCACCAAGCUUCAGAGGUUUCCGUACCGGUGCCAGCGGUUGGGGCCCAAGGGCAGCGCCAGUCGAGUGUACGAUUUCCUGUACGACCCGUUAUUCAUUGUGUCGAGUGAGCGAGAUCAUGCACAAGCGAAUAUCCAAGCCACCCUGGUUCGAAGCAGACUGAGAAAAGUUCCCCACUUUAGGUCCAUGUUCAGUAACCUGUUUCAUCAUCCACGAUAUUCUAUAUACUGGAACAAGUCAGAUCCUGUCCCAUCGUGUGUCAGUCGAGAAUGGAGGGGACAGGAAGCCAGACAUAAAGAAGCCCUUCGACUCCGCGCUGCGUUGGAUGCUUCCUUCCAGAUGCCCAAGGAAGAGUACGAAGAUCCGGAAAUUUCUGGAAGGAAUCGCUAUAAAUUCUUUGACAGGCCCUUCCUUCCAUUUCUUCAACAGAUGCCGCUCAAUGUUGUCUUAGCACCGUCCAAGAGAGAACCAUUUGUUUUUUCUCCUGAAUCUUCCAAGUAUACCGCCAUCCCUUCGAAGUCUACUGUGGGCACUCAGACCGACUACCGGGAUGCGGAUGUGCAAACAGAUCCGUACUCUCCAGAAUAUGUCGUGUGUCAAGACACUAUUCCUGAGCUCUUGACCCUGGCUAACCUGACUUGGGGCCGAGGUCUCCCAGCAGGACAAGCUGAGGUGGAGAUGAUAGAACGGGCCCGGGAAAAGCGUGCUUGGGAAGCCACUCUGCCCCCGCUGAACGACAGCCUCCAGUUUGAGAAGAGGAGAAAGAUGAUGAACGCCAUGGAGAGGAAGGAGUGGGCCUUCAGAGAGGGAGAGAUUGAAAAACUGCAGGACCUGCGGCUGGAGGUUCUGAAGCAGCUGCUGAGGAGGCGCGAGGAGAACCAGAAUGAGCAGGACAUGAAGCACCUGAACGCCCAGUGGUGGAAGCUGCAGGAGGCGAAGGAGGCCAAAGUGGCACAGAUCCAGCACACACAUGUGUCAAACAUCAGAAAACUCCUAAGAAAAGGGAAGAAUAUAGAGGGGAAGCUGCAGAGGAGAGACAUCAUCAAGGAAUAUUCUGAUUUUGCAUCUCAGGUCUACGGGCCUUUGUCGCGCCUUGGUCGUUUUCCAGACAACAACUCAGAGGACUUUGUUGUCAGAAACCACUACCUCAACACCUACGAAGGGUUGGUGGAACUUGAAUCAUGCCUCCCCGAUUUUGUGACGCAGCCCAGGAUCAAACCUCCAAAGCCCAAAAUCAUCACCACCAAGGCCGGCUUUCUCAAGAGGGCCGCGAGGAUGGACUAUGAGUUGGCCGAGGUUCACAAGGCGCUGUUGGAUAAGAAGAAUAAAGUUCUAGAGGGAAAGAAGCCUCUGCGAUUCCUGCAAAAGAACUCCAUACCCCAAGGUCGACUUCCAACCCCCACGCUGGAGAUGAGUUCCAGUGAAGAAGGAGAAAUAGAAAUGGCUGUGAUCUAUCUGCAGAAGUUACUCCGGGGUAGAGUCGUGCAGAACAUGAUGUUUGAGGGCAAAGAGAAGCGACUGGAGUUGAUCAUGGAGUUGCGCACCAGCCACGCCCUGCAGGAGGACGACAAGUUUGUGAAGAAAGCGGAGAAGCAAGUGACCCUGGCCCUGCAGAGGCAACGGAACUUGCAUGAGAACAAGGUGUCAGUCAUUGAAAACCUUCUGGGUGACCUGGAAGGAAGGGUGUUGGCAGACAUGCUUGACUUCCUGUCCAAAGAGCUGGUGAGACUGCAGGAGGAGAGGAGGAUCCACGCCUUUGCCAUGCUGGCUGAGCGCCAACGGCGCAUGCGGGAGGCAGAAGAGAGUGGUCGACGCCAGGUGGAGCAAAGGCGCCUGCAGCAGGAGGACCAGAUAUUUAUGGAGGUGAUUAAAGUCCACCAAAGCACUGUGACAUCCUACCUGGAAGACAUCAUACUGAACACAGAAGACAGUACUGCAGAAGAACAAGCCAGAGCAGAAAUUGAGAAGAUCGCUGAGGAAAUCAAUGAUAUCGCUUAUGAAAUGGAAAACCGUCGAACAUCUCUUCAGUCAGAGGAGAUUGUUGCCGAGUUGGUUUAUAGCUUUCUCAUCCCAGAGGUACAAAAGGACUUUGUCAAAGAGAAAGGUUGUGAUGGAAUUAAAUGAAUGCUCACACGCCAACUGUCUGAAGCAGUCUCCAGCACGAGUCAGGGACAAGUACAGGUUGCUAAUUUCACUCACUAUUGUUAUCAAUGUGAACACUCAUCCUUCCCAGGGGCUUCGCCAUUUGCUGUUGCCUGUGCUAAAGCUUAGUAACACAUGUUCACAGGGUUUGCUCCUAGGACCACCAUCUGAGCUCAUAGUCCCAGAUGAUCCCAUCCAAUGGAUCAAUGGGGCUGUUGUUUCUGGGCCUUGGUGAGGCAGAAGGACAGAAAAGUGUAGCUGAGGAAAGAUGUCCAUGCCCUGGUCCCACCACAAGAGUGAGAAAGGAAUGGUCCAGAGCCGAGAUAUACCCUUCAAAAGCAACACCCCCAAUGACCUACUUCCUCUACGAGGCCCCACCCCCUAUUAGUCCACGCAACUAUGACUCAAUAGAUUCUUUGCUAUAUAAAUUUUAUUAUUAAAAAAUACUUUUAUGAUUAAAAACAUCACACACCAAAAUUAAUCAAAGUCCAAGACUAUACAAUUCAAUGAACUUCUAUAAGGUUAGAUUGGGCACUUGAGAUAACUCAUGAAAAUUAGAACACUGAUAACCCAAUUAUUUCUCAGUAAUGCCACAGCUGGUAGCCAAGCUUUCCAUGGAAAAGCACUUCAAAUUCAAAAUAUAACAGAUCUGGUUCAUUUUCAGAAAAUGCCCUUCUAAAACACACAAUGGGUCGUUUUUAUUGAGCACAGUAAACCCAAAACAAAAUAUGCAUUUUGAAAUUUUUUUUCACCCCUAUCUUA